AUGAGAGCAAAAGACACUUGCGUUGCGUUCGACUGGUACCCGUUCAUAGGGCAGGCGCCGUGGGAAGUGACGAGAGUGUGGGUCGUCGCGGCGGCGGGUGGCGAGGCGGUGGCGGUGGAGCUGGCGGUGGCGAACCCGAACCGGGUGUCGGCGGAGCCGGCGCCGCACGCGGCGGGCGGGGGGUACGCGGCGUUCGGGGCGAGCGCGGGGUGUGUCGAGACGACGGCGGGCGGCGGCAUCACGGCCAAGACGUACGAGGCGACCGCGCGCUUCGCCGUCGGCGACAACGUUACCCCCGUCCGCGAGUGCACGGCGGAGGGGCCCUGCGAGUUCGUCCUUGUGUUGGAGCGCGCGCCCGUGCUGCUCGCGCCGACGAUGACGGCGUGCCAGGGUACCUGUCGAUCGGAUUAG